CUUCUCUUGACUCUCUCCGGAAGCGCGGCUCGAGCCACUGCCCCGCCAUGGAGGCCGGGAGCGAGACUCUUCUCGUCGCGCACUUCGGCAUCACCCAUGCCCUCGCGGCGCUGGCGCUGCUUGUGGUGUGGCUCUGCUGGUCCUGGCGGCGCGCCCCUGCGCGCGGCAAGGAGCGCAGCGAGCAUUCGCAGCUGCGCGUCUCACGAGAGGAGGAUCUGGAGCUCACAGCGGCUCAGGCCAAGCUGCAGCAGUGCGACCAGGAGCUGAAGCUCGCGCGGAAGCGCGCGGCGGAGGCCGAGGCGCAGCUGGAGCUCCAGGAGGCUGAGCUGCGGCAGCUGCGGCAGCGGGAGGCCGAGUUCCAGGAGACCCGGAAGCACAUGGCGCUGCUGGAGGCGCAGUGGCGCGACACAGAGGGGGCCCUGGAGGAAGCUAGCGACGUCAUGCGCUUGAACUGCGAGCUGCAGGCGAAGCUGGAGCUUUGCGAGAAGCAGCUGCGGUUAGUUAGACCCCGCAGCUGCCGGCGCAUGCCAGUCAUGUCCAUGCCAGCUGAAGGGUCUCCAGGGCCUCUGGUGCAGGCCUGCAGUCUUUGUGCGGCCCCAGCGCCGAUGGCGCCUCAAGGGCCCGCCCUGUGCCUCGUGUGUCAGGAGAUGACAGAUGCCACGCGGCAGGAGGAUAUGCAGCUGGAAGUCGCUGCUGGCAGCGAGGGCUCCUGUUCGCGCAGCUCCAGCAUCUACAGUGCCCACCCCCGGGGCCGCACUCUGCGGCGGCCGGGAUCACCAGAGAUGCCGCUGAGCUAUUGGUGGCGACCUCACACCAGCUCACCGCCUCCAGGACCUCGGCCCUGUCUGCGUUGCUCAAGCUCUUGAUCGCCAUAGCUACGGGCCCGGCUGGCACAGUGGGGAAUGCACCUCUUGCAUCAAAGGCAACCCGAAAA